AUGUCGGUGGAGCAAAGUCAUCAGCAGCAGAAGCAGAGCUCUGUCCUACCCCCUGCACUGAGCAAGGUGACUUCAGAACCCAUCUCAGAACCGCUAACGCUCCACGGACCGGACCUAGAACCGGAACAUCAGCCCCCAGCAACCAAAGACCCAGAAAAUCUGCUCCGGAGAGACAAGGAGCACCACGAAAGGAACAAACCGCCUUCCCAGCCACCUACAUCCGAUGCAGAAGUGGAAGACAAGCUGGAGUCCAAGCGUGGACCUCCAUCAGGAGAGGAGGAGGAGCGUCCAUCGCAGGCUGAGCAGCAGCACAAGGAAGGCCUAGAUUUGCCUCGUGCACUAAGCCAAGAGUUCCUAAAGACAGGCCAUCCUCCUCCUCCUAAAGAAGCUGAAGGUCACCUCCCCACCCAACCUCCUCCUCUGGUGGAGCAGCAUAAACACCAGCACCAGCAGAAGAAGCAACCACCCCAGUGGCCACCAAAGUAG